UUGCAUAUUUUAGUUUUGGUUGUUAGAGAAGCCAGAAUUUCGUAACAACCACUGUAUGGAUGGAGUGUGUCGGUCAUCAUAAUUAGAAUAAUAUUUUAGGGAGUAAUUUAUAACAGUAACACCUAUGUGUGGGUAACAUGCAUAAUUGUAGUGUUGUUUAUCCUGUUGAUUUUGCUGAGAUGAGAGUGUAUAUCUGAAUAACAGGGCAACAAACAGAAAGCCCAAGCAAAUGUGACAGUUUUGCCUCACUCAAAACAACAGCAGCAGCUAUCCAUUGCCCCUAAACCCUACACUCCUCAAAGUGCUACAGAACAGUUCCUGGCAAUGACCAUGCCCACCAAUCAGUGGCAACAAGCUCAGAUGUUUGCACAGUUAACAACACCGCCACCACCAACCUAUUGGCAACCUCAGUGGCCUUCUGGUGUUGCUCCAUUUAUGGGAUCAAAUUUUCCCCCAAUUUAUCAGCCAUUCCCUCCUAAUGGCACCACUGAUCCUAGCUGCCAAGGUGUUGGAACUUCCUCAACUACCCGGCCUCUAGUUCCAGAUAUGCAUUACCCUAUUCCUUACCCGUAUCCUGGAUUUCCAGGUCCUUGUGAUCCAUCAUCUUGGUUGAGUCAAAUGCAGCAUUUACAGCAUCUCUAUGCUUACAAUUUUCCUGGUGCACAUGGCUAUUCUUCGGCAGCUCCUACUGUGCCUGGCUUCUCAGCUUCUGGAGAGCAAUCUUCCCAUAAAGGAACUAUCAGACCACCUGCAAAUCUUUCUCAGAAGCACCAGCAACUCUGGGAAGCUCAGUCAGCAGAGAAUGUCCAGCUCUGGAGCAUAAUAGAUAAAUUGCAGGCUGAAGUUUCCGAUUACAAGGUUCGUCUCACAAGGCUUGAAGAAGAAGUUUCAUCACUCAAACAAAAAGCAGCAGCGCCUCCCCAUAAUGAAGUUAAGGGUAAUAUCCCUAAAGCGGCAGUGCCUCCCCGUAAUGAAGUUAAAAGUAAUAUCCCUUUAGGGGAAGUUAAUGGAAAUAUCCCUUUUGGAACAGGACAGCCACGAAAGAGAGGGAGGCCACGUAAGCGGCCACUGGAUAUACUGUAUCCGUAUCCAAUCCAUCAAGAAUCUCAACCACAAAGUCAGUGUAGAAAGCCAGCGCCACCAAUUAAGCCUCACUUUGAAAUUAAGCCAUCUCUCUUUGAGAAAGUUAUCCUUAAGCCACAUGAUCAAGGCGUGCCAAAUCACUCUACAAUGGCAAAGCAGCAAACCAAUGAAAAGAUCUUAGAUGCGGGAACGCCAGAAGUGAGUGGCAACAUCCAAAACAAUCAAGGUAAAUCAUUUUUGCCUACACACGGGAGCGAAGUUUAUCAGGAAUAUCAGGGACCCCAAUCAUAUGCUAGUGGAAGCGCUUAUGCUUCGGGAGCAUGGGUUAGUUUUAAAAAUUUAGACAUGGUAACAGCCUAUUGUGUACUUCCAAAUCCAAAAGAAGUACGAUGGAGUAACGGGAUUGUUUCAGCUAGAUACCGAGGAGAUACUGAUAAAGGGAGUCAUGGGGGAACUCAUUGCAUUCCCAUUCAAAACUCUGCUAAGGAACUGUUAAAUGCAGCAACUAAGGGUCAUUUCCAUAAUGCCAUUGUUAUCAAACAAGAACAAGAAGAAGGAGCAAAGGUGUCACCUGCACAGAGUUCUGCUAAUGAAACAGAGGAGGUGGAAGAUACUAAUUCAGGAUCAGCCGAAGAUGAAAAUGAGGAUGAAAUGGAAGAUGACACUGGCUCCAGUGCUGAAGAAACUGAUGUGCCUAAAGAUGAGGGUGAGUGCACCAUGAAUAAUAGUUGACAGUAUUAUUUCAAGUCUUUUGGAAUUCCAAAUCACUGACUAUAGUAAACUGAGCAAUGGGACCAUUUUCUUACUAACUUUUUUAAUGGUUUCCCAGAGUUUUGGUAGGGACUAGGGACCAGUUUCAGUAUGUAGAAUACCAUAAUAUUUCGCCAUAUUAAUGGAGGCGCUCCAUGCAUUUCGAAUCAUUUUAUA